AUGGCAAACAUUCCUUAUGCUAGUGCAGUAGGCAGUUUGAUGUAUGCACAGGUGUGUAGGAGACCUGACGUAGCUUUUGCUAUGAAUGUCCUUGGCAGAUACAUAUCUGAUCAUGGUCAUGACAAUUGGGUUGCAUCCAAGAAGGUCAUGAGAUAUCUUCAGAAGACUAAACACCAUAUGUUGAUAUAUCGAAAGGUUGACAGGCUUGAAGUUGUUGGUUAUUCAGACGCUGAUUUUGGCGGGUGCACAGAUGACUAUAAAUCCACUUCUGGUUACAUUUUCGCACUUGCUGGUGCUGCCAUAUCUUGGAAAAGCGUUAAGUAG